AUGUCUUUCCCUCCCUACACGAAAACCUUCCACACAGCCUCCUACCCUGGUAUCGACCCUUCUCGUCCCGAUCUCUCCACCGCAGGAAAAGUCGUCCUUAUUACAGGUGGUGGCUCUGGUAUUGGAAUCCGCAUAGCCCAUGCGUUUGCAACUUCUGGAUGCACGAAGAUCGCUAUCGUUGGACGGACUGUUGCCAGCCUCCAAAAGACCAAGCGAGAGAUUGAGGAAGCCCAUGCUAGCGUAACGGUGCACAUAGAGACUGCUGAUAUCGCUGAUUCAAACGCGGUGGACAAAGCAUUCAAGGGUGCUUCAGACGCCUUGGGCAAGAUUCACAUAGUUAUUGGCAACGCAGGUUACCUACCUGACAUGAAGCCUAUUGCGCAAGCGGAUACUGAGGAAUGGUUCAAGGGGAUGACAAUCAACGUCAAAGGUACUUUGAACCUUGCUAAAGCUUUCCUUCACCAUGCCGCCGAGAGCCCAACCUUCGUGCAUGUGUCAACUGGUGGUUGUCACAUUGACCCCAUGCCUGCAAACAGUGCAUAUGCAGUAAGCAAAUUGGCCGCCGCUAGGUUGAUGGAAUACUUGGCUUUCGAAAACCCGCAGCUCCGGGUUCAUAACAUUCACCCGGGUGUCGUAAAGACAGACAUGUACAGCAAGAGCUCUGAGGGGGGUAUGGAUUUCCAAUUUGACGAUAUCGAACUGCCCGCUUCUUUUGCGGUUUGGAUUGUUAGCCCCGAGGCAGAAUUUCUGAAGGGCAAGUUCGUUUGGUCGAACUGGGACAUCGAAGAGCUGAAGGCCAAGAAAGAGCACUUGCAAUCCUCGAAUGACCUCACGCUCGGUCUCCAGGGGUGGCCUUAG